CCCAUCAUAUUCCCUCUAUUGUUCAUUUUGACCUCUACUUGAAUAAGAUUCAUAGACACAACAACCACAAUGUUUGCCUGGUACCAACGAAGUCUCAUCCAACGACCCUACCUCACGCAGGGUCUAACCACAGCCGCCCUCUUCGCCCUAGGCGACGGCCUCGCGCAAACCGCCAUCGAGAAACGCCCCCUGUCCGAAUACGAUGUAAUGCGCAGCAGCCGGAUGGCGCUGUACGGUGGUGCCGUCUUCGGCCCCGUGGCCACAAAAUGGUACCAACUCCUGCAAGCCCGCGUAGCCUUCCGCUCCGCAGGCAGCACCCUGGUCGCCCGCGUCGGCGCAGACCAGCUCCUCUUCGCGCCGACGAUGAUCGGCGUGUUCCUGAGCAGCAUGUCGCUCCUCGAAGGCAAGAGCCCCGCCGACAAGCUGUCCCGGAGUUACUGGGACGCGCUGCGCGCGAACUGGACGGUGUGGCCCGCCGUGCAGGCGGUGAAUCUAUUCCUGGUGCCCCUGCCCUUUCGGGUGUUGGUGGUGAAUGUGGUCAAUGUUGGGUGGAAUUGUUUUAUGAGUUUAAUCAAUAAUGCCCCGCGCGGGGAGGAGCAGCCGAUUGGAGCUUGAGUCAUUUGUAGAGUGCUGGGUAGAGGUGGUUUGGGUUUGGGGUUAGAUGGAGGGGUUCUUUAUGUAUGAUUCAGGUGGUGGUUCGUGUUGCUUGGUUGUAUAGAUGGUAUAGAUCGGAGGGACUUGAUUCUGGG